AUGGUCCAUAUUGAGUGUUCGCACUGCAAAGCUCUGCAUUUCGUCCAAGAACGCAUCGUGAGCAGCUCUGCCGCAAGGCCCAUGUUUUCCACAUGCUGUGGGAAGGGGAAGCUGUCACUGCCCCUUCUCACCGACCCGCCAGCUCUUCUGCGCUCUCUUCUCAUCGAUGAUACUCCAAGGGCCCGCGGCUUCCGUAAAAACAUUCGAGCAUACACUUCAGCGCUGUCUAUGGCGUCCGUGGUCGCCAAAUGGGUGAACAGAGGGCCCGGUACUUCCAAUUUUAACCCCACAAUGACGAUGCAGGGCGAGAUGUACCAUUACAUGGGUCCCAUGAUGCCAUCCGAGGGGCGGGCGCCUUCCUUUGCUUCCGUUUACAUUCACGACACUGACUACGGUACUCAAACGCGCACAAGGCUUGGCGGAGCCUCUACACGGCUGGAAGACACACUGUUAAUGCAACUGACGCACAUGCUGCACGAAUGCAACCCCUACGUGCAGACUGUUCUCAGUAUGCGAGAAUGGGCUCAAUCCCCUCAACCCAACACUCCAGCCCCGUACCAGAUGUUCAUCCAUGCCGACCGCAGGCCAAGUCAUGAGCACGUGCGCCGGUACAAUGUGCUGGAUCCGAUUUCAGUCAGUCAUCGUGCAUACGAUCCGUUGAGUUACGUGCUUUUGUUCCCGAACGGUAGAGAUGGAUGGUAUCCAGAGCUUCGAUUCUUCAGUGAUGACGACGGCAGACGUACCAAGAUUACUCCGAUGAUGUACUACGGAUGGCAUUUGUUCGAAAGAGCAGGCGAGUUCAGCACAAUCUUGCACGCAGCGCGACUCUUUCAGCAAUAUUUGGUUGACCAGUUCUGCAAAGUGGAGGCAGAAAGGCUUUCGUAUCUCCGCCACAACCAGACACAGCUUCGAGCCGCCGACUACACCUCACUGCGCGACAGCCCAGGAGACUCCGGUCGUGCUGAAGAUGAAGCCGAUGCCGUGCGUGCGGGACGACUGUUCAUUCUCCCUUCCACGUACAUUGGAGGUGACCGCUACAUGAGGCAGCAGAUGCACGACAUCAUUGCUAUAUCGAACCAAAUUGGCCACCCGGACAUCUUCCUCACUAUGACAUGCAAUCCAAGCUGGCCGGAGAUCACAAGAGCCCUACUGCCGAACCAAACGCCUCAGGACAGACCGGACCUGUGCGCACGUGUGUUUCGUCUGAAAAUGAAAGAUCUCAUGUCCUUGGUCAUCAACGAAGAAGUAUUCGGAACCGUUGUUGCCCAUGUACGAGUCAUCGAGUUUCAGAAACGCGGUCUUCCCCACGCUCACGUUGUAUUUUUCCUAGAUGAAGUCUCCAAGAAUGAUAUGCGUACUCCCGAAAACGUCGACCGCAUUAUCUCUGCCGAGAUCCCGUCUGCCCAAGAUCCAGAACUCCAAGAGGUCGUGCUCAAGCAUAUGAUUCACAAUCCAUGUGUAGAACGCAAUCCAACAGCCCAAUCCGUCGUGGUCGACAACUCCUGGGUCGUUCCCCACUGUCCUCUGCUUCUACGAUCAUUCGCUUGCCAUUUGAAUGUGGAACUCUGCGUGUCACGCGUUGGCGGAAUCAAGUACCUCUUCAAGUAUGUUUGCAAGGGACAAGACCGAGUGACCAUGGAAAUCACUGCCGAGAACGAGUGCCACGACGAGAUCUCCAACUUCCAAGAUGCCAGAUACGUUUCGGCAUCGGAGGCCGCAUGGAGGUUAUUCUCCUUUGACAUUGUAGAUCGCAAUCCUCCAGUGGUCAUACUUACGGUGCAUCUGCCCAACCACCAUACAGUAUACUUUGAGGAAGGGCGAGAGCAGGAGGCGGCGCUUCGACCAGCAUCAGGUACGAAGCUGACCGAGGGGUUUAAAGCCAACGAGAAGUACCCAAUCGCGAGGCAUCUUCGGUACCACAAGUUUCCAAGGUACUUUACGUGGAAGACACGCACCAAGUCAUGGAUGCCCGGGGCAACAUCCUUCGACAACUUGCGAAAUAUCGACGGCGAGCAGUGCACCAGCUUCCGACAAGCUUGCUUACGACUCGGUUUGCUGGCCGACGAUGCCGAGUGGAAGCACGCAAUCCGAGAUUCAUUCCGGUCAAGCUUCGUUCCUCUUUCUCAUCUGUUUGCUACGAUUCUGGCACACUGCCAGCCUUCGGACCCUCUCUCGCUGUGGAACGACCACCUGGACAUGUUUCUCACCGAUAUUCGCAAUCGUGCACGCAGACAACCCAUUCGAAGACAGCAGCUUCGCGAUGAUCACCACGCCACAUCUUACGUCCUUCGAGAGGUACAGGAGGCUCUGCAGACCCACGAGCGCAGCAGUGGGAAGGGCGACUACAGACGUCACUUCCUUCGUACGCGCCGUAAGCAGGUCAUCGCUGUCGCUACGUCUGCUGUUGCUGCUGUGCUGCUCGACGGUGGACGCACCGCUCAUUCCGUGUUCAAGAUUCCCAUUCCUGUAUCUGCCGAAAGCACGUGCAGCUUCUCCGCAAACUCCGACACAGGCCGUACACUGCAACAAGUCGAUCUCAUCAUAUGGGACGAGAUCGUCAUGUGCCAUCGACAUUGCAUUGAGACUGUCGAUCGCUCCCUUCGAGACUUGAUGCAAACCGACCGGCCCUUCGGAGGAAAGUUCCUCGUGCUCGCUGGAGACUUUAGACAAAUCCUUCCCGUCGUUCCGGGCGGGUCCAGAGGUCAAAUCGUGAGUGCGUGCGUCAAGGCUUCCCCGCUGUAUCGAGAGUGCCGAUUCCUGCGCCUUACCGAGAACAUGCGCCUUGCUGCUCUCCGAGCGGACCCUGCAGCAGAUGUGGAGGCUCUCAGCUUUCCAGAAUUCCUCCUCAGCGUCGGGGAAGGCAGACUUCAAGGCGAACAGCGCCCGGAAUGGAUCUCACUACCACAGUCCGUUGCGUUCGAGCACACCAUCCGCAAUUUAUGCCUCAAGGUCUUCCAAGGCAUUCGAGACAAUCACGCCGACCCUGCCUGGCUCACCAAGCGCGUUAUACUCACCACAAAGAACAGGCCGCUCGAGGAAGUCAACGAGGUCAUCGGCAACAUGAUUCCGGGAUCGUAUCGAACGUAUUUGAGCGCAGACAAGGUCGAGAACGAAGACACCAACGCGCUGAUCUAUCCCACAGAAAUGCUCAACACCUUGACCGCCGGAUCUGCUCUACCAGACCACAAGCUCAAGCUCAAGAAAGGAUUCAUCGUCAUGCUUCUGCGCAAUCUCGAUCCCGCUACCGGUCACGUCAACGGCGCGCCAUAUGUCAUCGAGAACAUGACCAACAACCUGCUCUUUCUACACGUUACCACCGGGUCACACCAAGGCAACAGAUUGUACGACAACUUUCCCAUCCCUGGCUUCACCCGAACGCAGUUCCCCAUUCGCACGUGCUUCGCCCUUACAACGAACAAAGCGCAAGGCCAAUCCUUCGGUGGCCGCAUUGGUCUCGACUUACGAGAUCACUGCUUCUCGCACGGUCAACUCUAUGUCGCACUAUCAAGGACUACUCACCCAGGGAACGUCACUGUCCUCACUCGAGAGUCCAAUGAAACCACGCGAAACGUAGUGUACCCCGAGGUCCUUCAGUAG